CUUUGUGAUUGUGUGUCAUUGAGAUGUGAGAUUUUACUAUAAAUUUGAGCAGAAUAUUUCACAUUUAUCCUAUUUUUGGAACUAUUCCAACCAUUUUAAGCAUAUCCAAUAUAAACCAUUCAUCCCUGUGUUUCAGAACAUAAAAGAAAUUAUAUUAAAAAUCCAAAAUUGUUUAUCAGUAAUCCGCAGUUUAAUCGAGUUUACUUCGCAUAUUGAAUAAAUAACCAAAAUGAAGAAAAAGGUCCUCUUGAUGGGUAAAAGUGGGUCUGGAAAGACCAGUAUGAGAUCUAUCAUAUUCGCAAAUUAUAUAGCGAGAGAUACGAGAAGACUAGGAGCUACAAUUGAUGUAGAACAUUCUCAUGUCCGUUUUCUUGGGAAUUUGGUGUUAAAUCUCUGGGACUGUGGAGGGCAGGAGGCUUUCAUGGAGAACUACUUUGCAUCACAACGAGACAACAUAUUCAGGAAUGUGGAGGUGCUCAUAUAUGUGUUUGACGUUGAGAGCAGAGAGAUGGAGAAGGACAUGCAUUACUACCAGUCCUGUUUAGAAGCAAUACUACAGAACUCUCCAGAAGCACGAAUAUUCUGUCUAGUACACAAAAUGGAUCUUGUGUCAGAGGAGCGAAGAGAGGAGAUUUUCCGGGCUCGGGAGGAGGAUCUCAAACGGCUCUCUAAACCACUAGAAUGUACCUGCUUUAGAACUAGUAUAUGGGAUGAAACCCUUUAUAAGGCGUGGUCGAGUAUAGUGUACAAACUAAUACCCAAUGUCAAAGCAUUAGAGUCAUCCCUGAAACAGUUUGCUACCAUUGUGGAUGCUGAUGAGGUGCUGCUGUUCGAGCGCGCAACAUUCCUGGUGGUGUCUCACUACCAGCGACGGCCGCACCGCGACGCGCACCGCUUCGAGAAGGUGUCCAACAUCGUCAAGCAGUUCAAGCUGUCCUGCUCUAAGCUCGCCGCGCAGUUCCAGAGCAUGGAGGUGAGAAACAGCGUGUUCGCGGCGUUCAUAGACGGGUUCACGAGCAACACCUACGUCAUGGUGGAGAUGUCCGACCCCAAGAUACCGUCGGAGGCGACGCUCAUCAACAUCCGGAACGCCAGAAAACACUUCGAGAAACUAGAGAAGGUGUCCUCGAACGCGCCCAGCCAGUAUCAAUGAAGAUGCAUGUUUUGUUCCCGCAAAGAAAUAUCAUCAGAGAAAUGAGGGUCUAUCGUGUCAAUUGUCGUUGCUUUCAUAUAUCACGAUAUAGCUGUCGUAUGUCUGUCUGAACUCUGACACGAUAUUUGACACGAAAGAACGUCGCUUUGGUGGCAAAUGAUAUAUCGAAAACCCGCAUUAAUUCGUGGGUAGAUGGUAGGCCCACGUUUAAUUAGGUCGAGCUAUGUCAAGCCAAUGCUAGUUCGACAAGGCUGUUUAUGAACGUGGCGAGAAAAGGAACUAACGCU